AUGUCGUAUGUUUCGUCUUUGUCGGGUCGAUAUUGUCAAAGACUUGCGAAAUUAUCAGGUGGGAUUGCUGUUAUUCGUGUAUGUGCUGUUGAGGAAGGAAUUGUACCUGGAGGUGGUGUAACCUUUUUGAAAUCUAUCAAAUGUUUAGAGUCCUUAAAACCCACGAAUUUUGAUCAACAAUUAGGCGUAAAUAUCAUAAAAACUGCUCUUCAAAAACCUGAAAAAACUAUUGUUGAUAGUGCUGGUGAAGAAGGUUCUGUGGUUGUAGGUAAACUAAUAGACGAUCAUGGAGAUAAUUUCAAUGUUGUCUAUGAUUCUGCCAACAUGAGCUGCCUGAAUCAUUGGGC